CGGCGCCUCGGCCGCCCUCCCGGUCAGCGCGGACAGGCCUCGCCGCCCCGGCCCCCGCUCCCAGCGUGCACCGCGGCGAGCGCUCGGGUGGGAGCCGGCGAGAUGCGCUCGGCGGGCGGUGCCCACUGACCUCCCUUGGCGGCCGGGCCGGGGCAGGGCCGGAGCCGGGAGCCAGCCCCGCCCGCCGCCCCGCCCAUGGACCGCCGGCCCCCGCUGCCGCCCGCCCGGAGGACCGCGCAGAGGGGGGGAGCCGCCUGAAGGACCGCCACGGCCGCGCCCUCAGGUGCACCAGGAGCGCCCGAGGGCCUGGCCCUGCGUUGUCUGGGAUGCUGUGGGGAGGAGGCCGUCUGAAUCCACAUCGCCUAUUUAAAUGCGUUUUACCACCCCGUGGACGUUAGAGACCCUCCCAGAUAAAUUGCAUUGUCUCCUGUCCCGAUAACCCUUUACGUCAUCUGGAUGUCAGCAUGGCAACCACAAACCUGGAGAACCAGCUGCACAGCGCGCAGAAGAACCUCCUGUUCCUUCAGCGGGAGCACGCCAGCACGCUCAAGGGGCUGCACGCUGAGAUCAGGCGGCUGCAGCAACACUGCACAGAUUUAACGUAUGAGCUGACACUUAAAAGUUCGGAUCAGACAGGAGACGGAUCUUCGAGAAGCAGCGAACUCAAGAAAAGAUGUGAAGACCUGGAGGCCCAGCUGAAGCUGAAGGAGGACGAGAACACCGAGCUGCUGACGGAGCUGGAGCAAAAGAGCGCGAUGGUCGCCGUGCUGGAGAACAGCAUCAAGGAGCGCGAGAGGCGCUACCUGGAGGAGCUCAAGGCGAAGAGCCACAAGCUGGGCGCGCUGAGCAGCGAGCUGGAGCAGCGCGCCGGCACCAUCGCCUACCUGACGUCGCAGCUGCACGCCACCAAGAGGAAGCUCCUGAGCUCCGGCGGCACCUCGGACGGCGGCCCGGCCGGCAGCCCCGCGCUGGCCAGCUACAAGCCGGCCCCGCCCAAGGACAGGCUGCCCGAGACGCCCCGGCGCCGCAUGAAGAAGAGCCUCUCGGCCCCGCUGCACCCGGAGUUCGAGGAGGUCUACAGAUUCGGGGCCGAGAGCCGGAAACUGCUCCUGCGGGAGCCGGUGGACGCCAUGCCCGACCCCACCCCGUUCCUGCUGGCCAGGGAGUCGGCCGAGGUCCACCUCGUCAAGGAGCGGCCCCUCGUCAUCCCCCCCAUCGCCUCGGACCGCAGCGCCGGCGAGCAGCCCAGCCCCGCCCGCGAGAAGCCGCACAAGGCGCACGUGGGCGUGGCGCAUCGCAUCCACCACGUGACCCCGGCGCAGGCCCCGCCCGAGGUGGAGACGCUGGCGGUGGACCAGGUGAGCGGAGGCGGCAAGGUGGCGAGGAAGCACUCAGGGACGGACAGAACUGUGUGACGGCCCCCGCGACCCUUCCCCGCGCUCUCGAGGCACUGUGAUCACUCCUAGGAAGAACUCAGCGCACCUCCUGUUUCUUUUCUUUUGGAAUUCCCAUGCAUGCCGAACUGUUUUCACGCCUGUCAACAGAUUAUUCUCCUGCUCCCCUUGCCCUCCGACCGACACCGAAACACGAUCGUGUCCCUGCUGCAGAGUCCGUACUUACUAACCGCUGCGGCCGAACACCUGUGUGCCGACUCGCUUGCUUCCAGCCCCGCUCGGCGGAAUCUCAGCGCGCUCGCGGACAAAGCACGGGCCCCAGGCUGCGCCGCUGCCCGACGUUAACGACAGCAGAUAGUCACACGCCUAAUUCUAAAGUCGGAGCAACACAUAACGACCUUGACCUCAUCCCUCCCGUUUCCAGGGCGGCCUGUCCGGAGCAGCCCUGCUCCCUCCAGGAGACCCCCCUGUAACCUCCCGACGCACCCUCCCCCGGGGGCGGGCGGCACGGGUAACCGAGCAGAUGUAUGUUAAGUCACGGGAACCAAAUAAGAUGACGUCACUCAUCACCACGA